AUGCACAGCUCGAAAGUCGUGCUCUCGACAGCUGGCCGACUAUCUUAUUACCAUGCCCCAUCUACCGUAGCCCUCUGGGGCGAGACAAUUGGGCAUAGAUGGAGGAGAGUGGUGGAAGAGACCCCCGACAAGCAAUUUGUCAUUUUUCCAAGGCAAAACAAGCGACAGACCUACGAGCAGGCGUACAAACAGAGCACGAAGCUGGCCGCCUCCCUGCUCGGUCUCGGCCUCAAACCCGGGGAUCGAGUCGGACUCUGGGGCCCAAACUACCUCGAAUGGGCCGAGACACAUUUCGCGUGUGCACAGGCCGGACUCGUACUCGUGAAUGUCAACCCGUUCUAUCGAGCCCCAGAGCUGGAGUACGCCCUCAAGAAGGUCGGCUGCACGGCGUUGAUCACCCCGGCAAAAUAUAGGAAUUCCGAUUAUUACAGCUACUUCGAAGAGGUCGUCCCCGAAAUCGCCGCCAAACCCCAGGGCCAGGGAGCGGUCACGAGUCACAACCUGCCCACCCUCAAGCACUUGAUCGUCUUCGACGCUGAAGACCCCGGCAAGAAGUUCAGCGGAGCCUGGAACUACGCGGAGCUGCUGUCCGGAGGAGCGGGAAGUAGUCAGGAAAAACAGUUGGAGGAGAUCGCCGAGAAUACACACUUUGAUCGGCCGUUUAAUAUCCAGUUUACGAGCGGCACCACCGGCUCCCCAAAAGCCGUCACCCUGUCCCACUUCAACGUGCUGAACAACGCCAGGCUGCUGGGGUUGAAGUCGGGAUUUGACAAAACGAAAGAGGUGAUCUGCGUGCCGAACCCGCUCUACCAUACGUUUGGCUGUGUGGCCGGGUUGUUGAAUGGAAUGGUGCAUCGGCAGACCCUCGUCUUCCCCAGCGAGACGUUCAGCGCCGGCGCCGCGCUUAAAGCUAUCCAGAGCGAAAAGGCGACGUUCGUCUACGGCACCCCUACGAUGUUCAUCGACAUGCUCAACCACGAGACGUUCGCCAAUACCGACGUCUCGUCGGUUAGCGGGGCCUAUAUCUCGGCCGCCCCAAUCCCGAAGCCCCUCCUCGAGCGAAUGUUGGACAAGAUGGGGCUGCACAGACUGAUGGUACUGUACGGGUGCACGGAGACGAGCCCGGUGAUUACGGCUGCCAGACUCGAGCAGACGCCGCAGGAACGAAUCCGGAAUUCUGGGUACCCGCUGGAUCAUACCGAGACAGCCGUCGUGUGUCCCCAGACGCGUCUGCCAGUGCCACGUGGCUCUCGUGGGGAACUGGUAACGCGAGGUUUUCACGUGAUGAGCGGUGGCUAUUGGAAUGACGCGGAAAAGACGAGGGAGGCCGUGUGCGCGCAGGGAUGGUACAGGACUGGCGAUAUCGCGGUGAUGCAACCAGAUGGCGGCGUUCAGAUUGUCGGCCGGCUGAAGGAUAUGAUUAUUCGAGGCGGCGAAAACGUGUAUCCGACCGAGAUCGAGACGUGCCUCUUCAAACACCCGGCAAUCGCUGAUAUUCAUGUGAUCGGCGUGCCAGACGCACGCCUUGGCGAAGAGGUGUGCGCCUGGGUGAGGCUGCAGACCGGCAAGAAGUUUACGGCCGACGAGUUGAAGGAGUACUGCAAGGAUAAGAUGGCCCGCCACAGUAUCCCGCGCUACAUUCUCUUCAAAACCGAGGCCGAUUUCCCGUUGACGGCCACCGGAAAAGUGCAGAAAUUCGAGAUGCGGAAAAUUACGAAGAAGGAGCUCGGGCUCGACAAGGUCGAGACCCAUUUCAACGAGGAA